AUGUCGAGAGGUACCAGUGGCAUUGAUAUCGAUUUACGAAGAGUCGACAUAGAUCAGUGCCCUUUACCACCAGAAUCUAAUCAGCUCAAUAUAUUUGCUGCCAGUGACAAAUGUAAAAAGCGUACGACGAAGUGUGUUGCUAUUCCUGGAUUGGGAUUUCGACGUGGAAGUUACCGAUGUGAAUGCAAACGUGGAUUUUAUUACCCAGACACGAAGUCAACCAAACGUUAUUACAAUGGAACCGUGAUCGAGGAAGAGUAUGAAAAAUUGAUGAUGGGCGAAGAAAGUCAAUACGCCGUCGAAGAUUCCUUCGAGUGUCUUCCUUGCGCGGAGGGUUGCGAAUCCUGCGUCGAUGGCUCGCCCUGUGUCGUGUCCUUGAAUUGGCUCAUGAGAACAGCUAUACUUAUCUUGGAAUGUUGCGUCAUCGCUUGCCUCCCUGCCGUCGCGCUCUUCACCUGGAAAUAUGGAAACGUCAAGGUGGUCAGAGCUGCCAGUCCCGUUUUGCUGCGCGUUAUAGUACUAGGCGCAUUCUUCAUAUACUGCACGACGAUCGUUAUGUAUCCUCAGCCAAACGUUAUAACGUGUACUGUACGAGUUUGGCUCCGAGAAAUCGGUUUUUCUCUGACGUACGGUGCUUUAAUGUUGAAAACAUGGAGAAUAUCGGUGAUAUUUCGAGUGAAGUCGGCAAAGGCGGUAAAAAUUACGGACGCCAGUUUACUCAAGCGACUUGGUAUCAUAGUCAUGAUAUUCAGUGUAUUUCUAAGUAUUCGUACUUUGGUUGCACCACCGGUAGUUAUAGUCGCACGUACAGCCGAUGAUUUGAAAGCAUAUCUUUGUCGAACCGAUUGGUGGGAUCACAGCUUUACGACGCUCGAAGUGAUGUUCCUUAUUUGGGGUAUCAGACUGUGCAUCGUCGUAAGAAAAACUCCGUCUGAAUUUAAUGAGAGUCGAUUUAUAUCGAUGGCCAUUUACAACGAAUUUUUGCUAUCGGUCUUCCUCAAUGUUUCAAUGCUGUUUCUCCAAUCACCGGCCAAUCCGGAUUUAUUAUACAUCAUAUUUUUCUGUCAUACCCAACUAACAGUCACACUCUUGCUAUGUCUUAUAUUCGGCAGCAAGGCUUACGUGGUAUUUCGCGGUUAUGGCAAAGAGGAUUCAGCCGGUAAACUUUCUGGUCCAGCGAGCAAGUUUUUGAGUAAAAGUAGUCGACCACAAGGUACCAGCAAUCAGACAAAUUCAAUAUCUCUCCAACAAGGUAAUUUCACAGAGGAGAGCGACAGUACUACGGAGGAAUUUCGCCGUCUGAUUGCUCAACUGGAUGUUUUAAAGGAGAAGAACGUUUUAUUGGGCAACCAUUAUUUAGUCAGUAAAAUUGCAGCGAUGCAAGAAGCAGCAAAUCGUAGCGAGGCCCAAGUAUCGACAAUUCAAACGAUCUCUACGAGCAUUAGACUAAAUGAUCUUAACGGUUCGCGAACUGUUGUGGAAAGUGAAGUUGGUAUAUCCUGUGAAAAGGAUCACAAACUUAUAGGUAUUGGACUGCACGAGAAAAAAUGUCAGGCUUGUAUCGAGAAGAAUGGUCUUCGAAACAAGGAUCAACAUCGCAAUAGUGAUCCUAGUAGUAGCACCACGAGUAUACGAAAAGGAGAACAUCCGAAUUUGAGAGAAACCGAUAAAGAAAUUCGCGAUGGUAAAAAUGACGUUGGCGUCUCAACGUCCUCGAAACUAAUCGGCACCAGCGAGGAUAUAGCCACGGAAACGAACCCCGAGCCGAACGGAAAAGAGAAUGAUGCAAAAGAUAAGUCCAAGAGCAAAUCCGGUCACGCCAGGACCCAUGCCAUUGUAAUCAACCUCGACGAUAAGAGCAGAUUCUCAGAAGAGGUCACCGUCUAAAGGUUCAUCGAGAUAACCUUCAGACCCUUCUCCUUCCCUCUUUUCCUUCAUGACGAAUGAACAAAUGAGAUUUACCACCGCCAUCUUUCUUUGUGAUACAUUUAUUUCGUCAGUACUUCGAAAAGAAACAUUUUUCUUUUUUUAAAGAAUACUCACUGAUGAUAAAAUGAAUGGAAGACGGUUCAAUAUGUUGUCAGAGAAUAUUAUUAAUUAUUUGAAAUUCGACCAAUUGCUCAAUAAUCAUUGGUCAUUGAAUGGAAUAUGUAUAUGUUCA